AUGGGAUGUUCGGGUGACAGAGAAAAGGGCCACCUGGAUGAGUCGCAGAAAUGGGACUAUGUGGUAANNACCCUUCCCGAUUUUCACGCUUCUGGUGCUUUGACUUAUGUAUCUUACGGCUGGCUCUGGAUAAUGGCUCUGGUAGCAGUUGCAGUGUAUGGCGCCGACACUUUCACUGCCGUCAAUCUCCUUGCAUACGACAAAUGGUCUUCUCAAAUCGAGCCCAGCAUCCCUUUGAAGUACUCGAAAUGGAUUUUUGCGGCCUGUAUCAUGUUCUCUUGGACUCUCUGCAUAUUCGAGUGGGCGCGCGCCAUUCGCGUGAUCCGCAGAGGCAGUGUCGCUGAGAGCUACAUGGAUUCGGUCGCCGUCACACUGCAGUCGAUGCGACCCAAGGGCUGGAAACGCUUCCUUGUGUUUGCAGAGUUGACCAAAAGUAAGAAGGGAGUCGACUAUGUCGCGCUGUUCGUCUACUUCGCUUUCAAGGGAGCCGUACGCAUCGUAUUCGCCGAAGGCCCCCGCCAGGUCGUCAACGCCAUCACUCUCUACUCGUUUAUGCAGUCAGACCUCAUCCCUAUGGGCGAUCACGCUGCGACAGCAGAUCACUCUUCAUUCGAACAAUUCUGGAUCAACGUGGAAACCCUGGCCGAGGCAAAUCGCGAACAAGCUGUUGUGCUCUUUACCAUGCUCUUCACCCUUGUUAUCUGGGUCAUCUCAGCCCUCUGUCUGAUCAUUGCUGUCAUACUCUACCUGGUCUUCUUGUGGCACUACAUACCUCAGAGCGAUGGUCGUCUCAGCAACUACUGUCGCAGGAAGAUUGACCAUAGACUGGAGAAGGUUGUGGGUCAGAAGGUCAAGCAAGCACUCGAAGAGCAAGAAAAGAAGCAGGCACAGAGCGAAGCCAAAGCUGCAAGAAAAGCCAAUCAACUUCCGACUAGACCGCAGACCAACCGAAAACCGACCUUGCCUCAAAUUGCUGCACAGACACCCGACCUUGAUUCUAAGAGCGACUUUGGCCUUUCAAGACAGGAUACCCAAGACCGUCCCGCCAUGCCUCCUUUGCGUACUUUCACCGCCCCUGAAUCAGCAUUGCGUCGCGAACAGACUCCGCUUAGCCUCAACGCAACACAACCUCCCACUCGUACUCACACAGCACCACCGAUGGCAAUGUACCGCCAGCCGACCUCUUCCGGACCCAAUGCUGACAGGCGCCCACACAUGCCUUACCGUUCAGACACCGAAGCAUCUCUCGCGUCCAACGCCACUUAUGCUUCAGAUGCUUCCUUACUUGGGAAUGCCAACGACAUGGGCUACAGUGUUAGCGUAGACUACCAUCCUACACAACCGAGACCUACCUUUGACAGGUCAACAUCUUACGCUUCCAGGCCGGCGCCGCCAUCGUUCAACGAUCAAUUCGGAUAUCAAAACCAACCAUAUCCAGGUAGAAGCGCAACCGUUGGCCCACAACAAUCUCGCACAUGGGAACAGAACAAUAUGGACGAGCAUCUGGGAUAUGAACGGGAUACGACUCCAGAGCCUUUGGACUACCCACCUAUCAGAUUCAUGUCUCCUUACCCCCAACACAUGCCUGCGCACCAAGAGGAUAUGGACUAUGAUGACGUGGAAAGCGCCGUACUGCCACCGCAAAGACCGCAACAGAAUUUCCAGAGGUCGUACACUCCAUUGACAGGCACGAACAAUGGCUUGAGCUUUGCCUCGCGUCAUACACCCGAGCCCGAAUCCCAGAGCUUCGAGAUGCAACCACGAAAAGCAGCAACACCGGAACCCUUAGAGCAGCAGCGGCCGCAUCCACAGCGCUCGGCUUCUGCGGCAUCCGGAGGCUAUGUUGCCUUCAAUCCAUCAUUCACAUUGGUGGCUGCCGCACCUNCGUUCGCACCACCAGACCGCAGCACCACAAGCCCUCCAGAGAUCGCAAGACCCACAAUCGCGGCCGGACCUCAGCGUAGUGCUACAGCUCCUCCCGAAGCCUACGACGGACUGAUCGAGGAGUAUCGUGUUCGACCGCAAANNGAUGGUCGUCGUGAGAUGCCAAACAGAAGCGCAGCAGCGACUCCCAGUCAACGACCCGUAGCUCCGAUGAGGAGCGCCUCGACUGCUCCCUACCAAGCGUACCAGGUGCCAGGCAGAAGUGCUUCCACUGCUCCUCUUCAACCGCUAUAUGAAGUACCAGUCAGAAGCACAACAGCAAUUCCCAGCAAACGACCUGUAGUUCCUGCCAGGAGCGCAACCACUGCUCCCCAUCAGCCAUACGAAGUGCCCAGCAGAAGUGCUACGACUGCUCCUGGCCAACGAUACCGCACACAGGAAUGGUGA